GUGACACUGAGACCCUCGGUGGCCCCAAAGCAGGCCUGUAUUUGUCAGAUAAAGACAACCAGGAACGCUGACUGCCCUUUACCUCCAAAGUCAGAGAUCCAGAGAGCCAUGGACAAAUUGCCAGGGAUGUGGUGCUUCAUCCUGUUUUCUCUUUUGGCAUCAUUUUCUGCUGAGCCGACCAUGCAUGGGGAGAUCCUGUCCCCUAAUUAUCCCCAGGCGUACCCCAAUGAGGUCAUGAAAACUUGGGACAUUGAAGUCCCAGAGGGGUUUGGGAUUCACCUUUACUUUACCCAUCUGGACAUAGAGCUGUCAGAGCACUGUGCAUACGACUCAGUGCAGAUAAUCUCAGGAGGCAACGAGGAAGGGAGACUCUGUGGCCAGAGGACCAGCAAGAGCCCCAACUCCCCCANUGUAGAAGAGUUUCAGUUCCCGUACAAUAAACUCCAGGUGGUCUUUACCUCAGACUUCUCCAACGAAGAACGGUUUACAGGCUUUGCGGCAUACUACGCUGCCAUAG